CGAGAUUGUGAAGAGUCCAACAUGGAUAUAUUUGAUGCCGACAGUGCCAAAGCGCCUCACUAUGUCCUUUCGCAGCUCAGCACGGACAGCAAAGGCAACUCAAAAGCAGGAAAUGGAGCAUCAGAGAACCAGAAGGGAGCUGGAGGGAAGAAGACCCCAAUGUUGUGUGGUCAGUAUCCGACUAAGAGUGAGGGGAAGGAGCUGAAGAUAGUGGUACAGCCAGAAACCCAGCACAGGGCUCGUUAUCUGACCGAAGGCAGCCGAGGCUCAGUGAAAGACCGGACACAGCAAGGCUUUCCAACUGUAAAGCUGGAAGGUCACAACGAGCCGGUGGUGCUGCAGGUAUUCGUGGGCAACGACUCUGGGCGAGUGAAGCCACAUGGGUUCUACCAGGCCUGCAGAGUUACUGGGAGAAACACUACUCCCUGUAAAGAAGUGGAUAUAGAGGGGACUACUGUUAUUGAGGUCGGACUGGACCCGGGCAACAACAUGACACUUGCGGUUGAUUGCGUGGGAAUACUGAAGCUGAGAAAUGCUGAUGUUGAAGCUAGGAUAGGGAUUGCUGGUUCCAAGAAAAAAAGCACACGUGCUAGGCUGGUAUUUCGUGUUAACAUCACUCGCAAAGAUGGUUCAACUUUGACUCUUCAGACACCUUCUUCCCCAAUUUUGUGCACUCAGCCAGCGGGAGUGCCGGAGAUCCUAAAGAAAAGUCUACACAGUUGUUCAGUGAAGGGUGAAGAGGAAGUUUUUCUGAUUGGCAAGAACUUUCUAAAGGGAACAAAAGUGAUUUUCCAAGAAAAUGUUUCUGAUGAGAAUUCUUGGAAGGCAGAAGCUGAAAUAGACAUGGAAUUAUUUCAUCAGAAUCACCUUAUUGUGAAGGUGCCACCCUAUCAUGACCAGCAAAUAACCUCAGCUGUUUCUGUGGGAAUAUAUGUAGUGACCAAUGCUGGAAAAUCUCACGAUGUGCAACCAUUUACAUACACUCCAGAUACAUCUGGUACUCUGAAUGUUAAUGUGAAGAAGGAAAUCUCCAGCCCAGCCCAACAUUGUUCUUUUGAGGAGGCUAUAAAAGGCCACUGGUUGUAACCUGGAGAAGGUAAACAUUCUUCCUAGUGCCUUGAUAACUCCACUCAUGCCAAGCAGUAUGAUUAAGAAUGAAGAUGUGGCUCCAAUGGAAGUAAGCGCAGAAAA